AUGUCAUCCCUACGACCUGCACACAUUGUGCUAAACCCGUACUUCUAUCCGGCCGGUAAUUCACCAGCCGUGUGUCUGACUCAAACCCAUCCGCCAGACAGAGAUGCUGCUCUGCUCCUGCUUGGUUGCGGCGACAUCCGUAACAUCUUGUUCACCAUCUACAACGGCUCGGGCACAGACCACCGCCGCCUCGACUUCACUUGUUGCGACCUAGAAGCCGAGAUCAUCGCUCGUAAUGCGCUCUUACUCACGUCGAUACUUGAUGAUAUGACAGGCGAUCACACUCAGCAAUUAUGGAACAUAUACUAUCACAACUUCCUCGACUCUGAGUCCGCAAGACUGCUUCAGACUCAGGCCGCAAGACUUGUUGCUCAUGCUCAAUCACUUGAAGUUUGGGAAACCGGCUCUUAUGCGCAAUGUGUUGAGUUCGGCGACAGGACCACAUUCGCGAAGGCCCUCGAGCUCUGGAAGAUAUACGCUACGCCGCCGGCCGAUAAGAAGCAAUACAGACAAUUACAAGCAACACUGAGAGUGCAGUGGCGCGCCGCAAAGCGAUGGCAAGAGAUCAAAGUCGAGCCUCACGAAUUGCAACUCACUGGUGGUCGAUCAUUUGCUCCUAUCUUCCAAGAAGCACCAGUCGAGCUAAACGAAAUGUAUCGUACAUUCUGGCGAACUGGAACUUGUCUGGAAAACAAGGAGAUGAUCAGUCAACUGACUAUCGCAAAUCCGAUGUUCGUGUGCUUUCGCGAGGGUCUAAUCCUCCACUAUGGAACCAGUCCGCUGCUAGGGUUUCAUCAUGCUUCAGCUUACGCCCGCCUAUCCACCAACUCGCCGUUGCAAACAAGCGAAGCAAAUAUAAAGGAAAUGCCCAAACCUAUGGCCUCUGCACUCACGCAAUUCUCCGCAUGGUGCAAGGCCUUCCGCCUCAACGCGGCGAGGGUCAAAGUUCGCUAUGUCUGCUCUGAGGCCAUCGCGUUCUGCCAUGUUCUACGCCAUCAACGGCUACACGGAGAGUCACGGACUGCCAACUGGUAUCGCAACAAUUGGGGUUAUAGCCGAUUAGAGCUUGACACAACGUGUUACGGCCCGCACGGGAACGCUCCAACUGCAUUCGACGUUAUCGACACAUCGAAUCUCACAGACCAUCUUGGCAUACUCAACGUACUUGCUGCUGCUGGUCCCCUUCUUCUCAGUGGGUCGGCCGCCACAAUAAGAACUGAGAUUUUUAUACCACGAGAAACAACAGUCUCUGAAUCGGCCAAAGCACUUCUAAGUGGCGAUCUACCUACCGUCGCUCUUCUGCUUGGUCUGAAGCCUGCGCAUUUCUGGUCCGACGCCACCGCUUCAUGGGAUGUCCACAACUCCAUUGAGAUGGACUCCUAUCACGCUGAAGCCUUCGUUCACGGAACAACUAGAGUCGAAUGGAUAGCGCCGAGUCUUGCCGAGUUCGUCUUCAAGAUGUAUCUCACCAUGUUUCAAGACGAGAGCCUGCAUAGCCUGCUUGGGUUACUCAACACGGGAGUCGAAGGUAUGCUUGCCCGCAAGUUCCAUACAUACGAGAUGUACUCGCGAGCAAGUUUGGCAGUUCUUCUACUGCACAUCAAGAACUCGGGAGUUGUCGAAUGGCAUCCUUUCAUUGAGCGCUUCCUAGACAUGAUAACUCAAGACAGAACCCUUAUGAUGGGUGGGCAUUCCUAUCAAUCCCUUUUGGUGUAUGUUCAUACAUUUGGUCUGGCUGAUCUCACAACAUUUACUCAUUGGCAUCCGGAUCACCACCGCAAAGAUCUGCAGAAGGGCCCAUUCCGAGAGUGGAGCACUGUACCGCCAACAGUAUGCGUCACGAUGGCCAUACCGCAUAGUGCGGUUGCGAUGUUUGCAGACCUCGCAAAUGGAUGUGGUACGCCACAGUGCCACAUAAUGACACAGACCUCUCUGUCUUCGAAGCAAAAUGUCUAUCCCGAUAUUCAGCUCGGUUUUGGUACGAUUACGACUUCAGGCACGGAUUUCACAGACGAUUACGCGUUGAACAUCCGAGAGGAUCCACAAGGCUGGUCAGGCCAAGCACCGCUCAUCGUCUCGACUAUGGUAUCUACACUUGGACUGGUGUUCGAAGGCGACCCUGCUUGCGAAGUUAAGCUUUGCUUGAAGAAUACACCAUCUAUUGCUGCCGAAUUUUCACCCGGCCUUGGUCCAUUGCUAGAGAUUUUUGGGUCGGCGGUCGGUCGGAAAGAUGUUCAUAUCACGAGACAUCGCCCGCAUAUGACUGAUGAUGUCUCAGUUGGAGCUAUAGAGGAGGUCAAAUCUGGACUAGAUGGCGAAUUCUCAAUCACUGUGAAACUUGCAUUGGACUCUACUGGCAGCAGGAUAUCCACCCUCGCAGUGCGCUUCAAAACCUUAUCAGCCAAAGCCGUAGCAGUCUUGCAGAGUGGAGGCUCUAUAGAUGUGCAACUUCGAGACCCGUUCAGUCUAGAAUUGAAGAUACACAGCGGAGAUGAUCUGUGUCAGGCCACAGUCCAACUCCCGAUGCCCCUGGAGUUAGGUCAAAGUAAGACCAAGAUUGCUCGGAAGUCUAUGUGGAUCGAAUACUCGGCACCCGUCGCAGAAUCAGCAUCCUUGUCUGCCCAACCAAAUGCGCUUUUCCCGUUGCGAAAAGACCCAAGGUCAUCUACCGUUGAGCUAGACCAGCUUCAUUAUGUAUGCCCCGAUGUCCUACCUUUUCUCCAUAUCGACACUGAGGGCCCUCAUGCUCUGUGGCUGAAAUGGCUUACUUCUGGCAAUGCUACCAUGUCGAGUUCAGAGCUUGAUCUAUGUAGGAAGCUCCAAAAGAGAGACGAAGCGCUGCCUAGGCGUAUAGGAGUCAAGAAUCGAAUCUUCCAAAUGAUUUCAGGAUUUGCGGACCUCAACAGCACCGCCCGAUGCUCUAUAUUCCGUAUCGAGGAUUUCCAUGGAACUGUUGCGAUCGUCAUGGUCUAUGCCAUUCGUAUGGAUCUGUCCAACCAGACGGUCUUCUUGGACGCUGCGGUCAUUCAGAUGCUCAACACCUUACCCAAGGAGUGUACAGCAGCGGUAGAGGAGAUAGCUGAUGCUGAUAUUGUUACUUUUAAAGUCUCCGAUCAAGAGGCCCUGUUCUGGAAGCAUCUCCUACCAGCGUUCGCGGAGCGGUGUCGCCAGUGGCAGCACAAGCUUUCGUGCGAGUAUGAGCAACAAAACAUGAUUCCGAUCUAUACCGUACCAGGAGAGAGCUUCAUGUGCAGGUGUGGGUUAAGCAUCUUCCCUGACGGCUAUCUGGACAAUCUUGAAGCUUUCAAACCGCUAGCACGGUUCUCCGUCCGUGUCGCCAUACCCGUCAUCUUUCCUUCUCCCGUCAGCCGAGACCGCUCUCCACCAGAUUGGCCAAUGGACAUUACCGAGCCGAGCCACCCGAAGCAGGACUGCUGCAAGGUAUGCAGUGCGCGCAAGUCAAGUGAUGAAAGGCUGUUGCAGAAGUGUGCGGGCUGCAAGGUAACGCUGUACUGCUCCCCGGCAUGCCAGAAGAAAGAUUGGAAGAAGGACCACAAGCAAUUGUGCUCACAGUUGAAAGACGGCUAAAACGCUCGAUUGCGCUCUAGUGUCGUAGCGGAAGUUGGGCGUACUACAACCACGUAACUUGUAGAAAGUCGAGGUUGCCGUAUUUCCUUCCCUCAUGCGUAGGUGUAUGUUGAGACCUUUCUGACCGGUAACUUGUACUGUAGGGUACAGAACCUACAUCUGGCUUUCACGACGACACAAGAGUUGCUUUCCUAGCCUACUCGCUUGUGAUGGAGGGGUCAGUUGAAGGAUUUGCGACAAUGGUUGCCCCUCAUCUCUGGCGAUCUCUUGGGUACCAAGGCUUGGAAGUAUUGACGUGGACAGACGGCGCUACUCUGAUCACACACACUCACACACGUUGUCAAAAUGUAGAUCGUCCAACACUACUACUACGCGCGAUGUUUUUAGUACAUUGUCUGUCGUGAAGCUUUGAAGAGUCGCCACGAGGCUGUGGUGUGUAGCGGCCGUCUGCUGG